AUGUCCGACCUCACCUCUGCUCUUCAACGACUCGCCAACUACCGCUCGCACAAUACACGUGCAUCGAAGGAUGUAUUCGAAAGCGGAGUCGUAGUACUGAAGCAAAACGCUAUCAACAAAUUAGGGGACGAUAGCUGGUCUUUUUUGGAACAAUUGGCUCUUGCUGCCAUCGAUGUCGGCAGGUACGACGUUGCAGAUGAGUGUCUGAAGCGACUAGCAGAGAAGUUCCCUGCUUCGCCACGAGUAGACUGCUUGCAAGGGAUAUUCCUCGAGGGUACCCAGUCACCUCAACUUGCGUUAAAGUACUAUGGUAAGCUCCUGGAAACUGACCCAGCCAAUGCUCUCAAUAGUCUCAUAUGUAAGGCAGCAUGGAAGCGUCGGAUAUCUGUCCUCAGACGGCUGGGUCAGAUAGAGACCGCCGUGACAGAGCUGACACAAUUCUUGGACACGUUCUAUAACGACGUCGAGGGAUGGCUUGAGUUGGCAGACAUAUACACCUCGUGUAACCAAUAUACUCUGGCCCUGCAGGCCCUAUCGCAUGUCCUCAUUCUGUCACCACAAAACCCAUUCUAUGUCCUCCAAGCAGCCGAGACUGCGUACACACUGGAAGACAUACCGCUAGCAAUCAAGUGGUUCCUUCUGGUCGUCGACAUGACCACUGAUGAAGAUGCUCAAAAGACAAAACCGACGGGAAUAAUCGUUCGAGCAUGGUACGGGAUUGCACUGUGUUCUCGAAGGCUCAAGAGCCCGUCAGGAGCUCAUUCACAAUCUAAUACAAGCGUACCUAAAGACAUGCUAGCCAUUGUAGCACUCGCGAGGGAUGUUCUUCUGGAUGCGUACGAGAAACGCAAGGGAACGACGCCGCAAGGGACUACAGAGGUGUUGAAGUGGUUGGAGGAUUUCAGGUUCGAUUGA